ACAAUCCCUGCUGCGUCACAGUCCAACGGGCUGCCAUGGAGACACAUGGCGUACUUGGGCCUCCACGGGAGUUCAGCCACAUCUACUCCUACCAAACAGCUGACAGCUAUUGUGUCGCCAUCCAAUUGAGACCUCCUUAUGAAGGAGGUGGUGGGACGCGUCAGAUCCACAAGAUCACCAGCGAAUGGGACAGUCGUAAGGGUGUGGAGGACUUGACGCCAAAUGACUUGAUGAUCAAGUUCACAGAGAGAAGCAUCGAGGUCUGCAAACGUGGAGGCAGUUCAGCCUGGCACAUGAUCCGAGGAUUACAUGGGCCGACACUGCAACAACUCAACAAAGAGAAGUGCUACUGGACCAUGACGAAGCAUGGAGGCAGGUACUGGCUGAUCUCCUUGGAACUCGUGAAGAAAACGCCUGGGAAGUUGUGGAAUCGCUUGAUGAGAGAUGAGAGGGAAGCGAAUCGUCCCAGCAUGAAGUGGGACAAGGACAUGCAGAAAACGCCCAUGAUCAUGGACAAAAGCGGCAAAUUUACGCCGUCCACGUACUGCGAUCCGCAGACCAAACCGAAAUACGAGCAGGAAGAGGAUCUGGAUGAAGUUCUCAUUGAGGAGCUGGAGAUGUUGGAGGAUGCUCCAGAGACGGAGAAAAAGACGUGGAAGAUGCACGACCUUUGUGACUUGCGUUUUGGCAUGGAGGAGUCAACUCUGUCCAUGUUGGUGCAAGUGCCACUAGAGCCUUCCAAAUGGCGAGAGUUUCAGAGAGAUCAAGGGGAUCAAGUGUCUGAUGCCUUUGCGCUCGAUGUGCCGUUUGGCGGACAGCAGGUGAAGUUCUGGUUGAAGAGCGACCCAGACUCUCCGAUUCUGCAAGGGAAGUUGGGCGGCUGCGUUUGGCGAAGGGGUUGCAGGUGGAACGUUGAGCAGAAGAACGGGCGGCCCAUUUUGGAACUUUACAUGCCGAAGCAGACGCCGGAACCCUGGUCCUUUGUCGUAGAAGGUUACCACAACCUGAGCCGAACGGCGUACGAUCCGUACCAGCAGAUGAUUCUGGAUGGCCUGUGGGACGACGAAGCAAUCGAAGAGAAGGCCAAAGGUGAUGCCUACUUUCGAGAGAGCCAAUACCGCGCCGCUGUGAAGUGCUAUGAUCGCACCUUGGAGCGCAAUCCCGACAGCUACAUCACCUUGACCAACCGAGCAGCCGCUCGAUUGGCCUUCGAAACCGAGAAGUUUAAGUUGGAAGAGAUUCUGGAGGAUGCUCAGAGAGCCCUUGAGAUCAAUCCAACUUGGCACAAGGCAAAAUUCAGAGAAGGCAUCAUCCUUGGAAAGCUUCAUCGAUAUGAUGAGGCAGUUUGGGCAUUGCAGGAAGGGCAGCGAAUGGAUCGCACCAACCACACAGGCUGGGAAGAAGAGAUCAAUUUGGUGAAGGAAGAGCGCAUCAAAUGGCACAACAGGAAAAAGAAAUCGUACCUCAACGACGUCGAAUAAAUCAAAUCCCAUUCUCAAAAAUCAAAAAAC